AUGGUAUAUCAAUUGAGUGCGACGCUGAAAGGGMACAGCCAAGACGUCAGGGACGUGGUAGCUGUGGAUGAUUCGAAAGUAGCCAGUGCUUCGAGAGAUGGGACGGUUCGGAUGUGGUCAAAAGACGACCAAUGGCACAGUACAGUGGUUUAUUCAGGGCAGGGAUUUUUAAACAGUGUGUGCUAUGAUUAUGAGAAACAGGUCCUGCUCUUUGGUGGAAAGGACACCAUGAUCAACGGUGUGCCCUUAUUUGCCACCUUAGGAGAGGAUCCCUUGUAUACAUUGAUCGGCCAUGAGGGGAAUGUUUGUAGUUUGGAAUGCCGAGAAGGUGUUGUGGUAAGUGGCAGUUGGGACAAGACCGCCAAAGUUUGGAAAGACGGAUCUUUAGUUUACAAUUUACAAGCGCAUAGUGCCUCUGUAUGGGAUGCCAAAGUGGUAUCCCUUACAGAAAACAAGUACCUGACUGCCUCUGCAGAUAAAACGAUCAAACUGUGGCAAAAUGGGGAAGUGAUCAAGACAUUCAGCGGAAUCCAUAAUGAUGUGGUGAGGCACUUGGCCCUGGUGGACAGUGGCCAUUUCAUUAGUUGUUCUAAUGAUGGUCUCAUUAAAUUGGUCGAGAUCCGUACGGGCAAAGUGCUAAAAAUUUUUGAAGGUCAUGAAAGUUUUGUUUAUUGUGUGAAGCUGCUGCCUAAUGGAGAUGUAGUAAGUUGUGGUGAGGACCGGUCGGUUCGCAUAUGGUCCAUGGAAAAUGCAUCAUUAAUGCAAGUCAUUACGCUGCCUGCGGUCUCCGUUUGGUCUAUAGACUGUAUGCCUAAUGGUGAUAUAGUAAUAGGGAGUAGCGAUAAUCUCGUUAGAAUAUUCUCACAUGAUGAAUCAAGGUGGGCAUCAGAGGAAGACAUAAAGGAGCUAUCAAAACAGGUGGAAGAAUCCACUAUAAGUUCCGAGACAAUGCAAUUUGACGAGUCAAAAUUAUCGCCUUUUGAGAUCUUGCAAUCUCCGGGGCGUAAAGAGGGCCAAGUUGUGGUGGUCAAAUCGCCUCAAGGCACGAUAGAGGCUCAUCAAUACUCAAAUAGCUCAUGGACUAAGAUUGGUGACGUUGUCGGAGCAGGUGCUACCGGAAACGACCAAAAGGUGGAAUACGAGGGCAAGUCAUACGACUAUGUAUUUGAUGUGGAUAUCGAAGAUGGGAAACCUCCUUUGAAAUUGCCUAUCAAUGCUAACGAUAAUCCAUACACAGCCGCUGAUAAUUUCUUGGCCCGCUAUGAAUUGCCAUCGAGUCAUAGAGAUUUAGUGGUACAAUUUAUCUUGAAAAACACCAAUGGUGUGUCACUAGAUCAAGGAACCGGUGCCGAUGAUACACCCCUAGCCGCAUCGUCAACAUCAUCGACGUCAACAACAACAAUGAAGGUGUUCCCCGUUAAAGAAUACUUGGUUAUGGACAACUUUAACCCAGAUACUAUUUUCAACGGAAUCGCAAAGAUAAACGCCAGUGAGAAGACGUUUGACGAUGAAAUUUUGGCACAAAUAGGUGGUGCGCUACAUGACAUCGAUGAAAGUUGGGAGCUGUUGCUAUCGUUUGCCAAUACAAUAAGAUCUACUUGGGAAAUUAAAACCCCUGCGUACGACAUAGUGCGGUUGAUCGUUAAAAAAUUGCCUUAUUCGUCAGAUAUCAACGAUUACAUUGAAGAAGGCUUGGGUAACAAGAAUAUCACUCUAGCCAUGCUAACUGUGCGUAUCUUGGUAAAUUGCUUCAAGAAUGAAAACUGGGGGGUAAAGCUGUUAGCAUCUGAGCAAGUUUAUAAAUCAAUUUUCGAAACAAUUGAUACCGAAUUCUCUCAAGCAUCUGCUAAGCAAUCCCAAAAUUUGGCUGUUGCCGUAGCCACAUUAAUUUUCAAUUACUCAGCUCUUGUGACAAGAGAGAACUCUGACCCGGAACUUUUGCCAAUUAUAGCCGACGCUAUGAACACCAAGUAUGGACCUUUAGAGGAGUAUCAAGAAUCCGAAGAAGCCGCAUAUAGACUUUCCAUGGCAUACGGUAAUUUAUCUACUGUCGAGCCUACGUUAAGACAAUUUGCUAAAUCGGUAACAUGGCUUGCAAACAUUAGAAAAAGCUAUGGGAACGUGCCAAGAUUCAAAGAUCUGUUUGACGAUUUAUCCUGA